UAGCCGAUCAUCUACAUCUAAUGGGCCGAGCCCUUUUUACACAAGGCCUUAGGGCCGAAUACUAUGAUACUCAACACCCUCCCCCAAAUUUAUGGGGAGUUCUCAUCAUCAAUUUGCCAGCUAAGAAUGAGUGUCGAGUAACAGUGAACGCCUUGGUAAAAAGAUCUGCGAGCUGGUCCUCAGAGGAGAUGUAGAAAAUGCGAAUGGUACCAUCACGCACCAGAUCGCGUAUGUAGUGAACGUGUACUUCUAUGUGCUUCGUAUGGUCAUUAAGAACAGGAUUGGUAGCAAUGAGAAUGGCACUCAUAUUAUCAACAUAUAAUUCCAGCGGAGUGACACAUGUAACCCCAAAGUCACCUAAGAGACGAUGUAACCACACAAGCUCCGAUGUGACAUCAGACAUGGCCCGAUACUCUGCCUCGGUGGAGGAUUUAGAGACACGAUCCUAAUUUUUGCACCGCCAGGAGAUAACAGAAGAGCCAAGCCUAAUACACCAUCCAGUCGUAGAACGACGGGUAUCAACGCAGCCAGCAUAAUCAGAGUCGGAAAAAUCCUAAGAACAAGAGACCCCUGUGAGGGUAGGUGAAGACCAACAUCCCUAGUGCCCUGUAAAUAUCGUAGAAUCCUAUGAACAGCGGCCAAAUGAUCAUUGCGAGGUGCGGACAUGAACUGACUGGCGAUCUAGACGGCAUAGGCGAUGUCAGGCCGAGUAGAAGCAAGAUAAAUAAGACUACCCACUAUGCUGUGGUACUGUUUCCCCCCUUCUGCCAAGAGAUCACCAGAGUCCCUCCCCAGCUUCAGAUUGAGUUCAAUAGGAGUAGCAACAGGAACACAGUCGCUAUGCCGAGUGGCAUCCAAAAGAUCAUCAAUAUAUUUCCUCUGGCUGAGUAGAAUGCCUGACGAAGACCGAGACACCUCCCUAGCUCCUUGAGAUUAAAUGAAUCAUGAAGGCUUUAGGCAAGGCGGCAAUACCCUCACUUUCAUCACCGAAGACGAUCAUGUCAUCCACAUAUAAGAGCAAAACUACCAGGCCCCGGGACGUGCGACGAGUGAAAACAGAGUGAUCAUUAGUGCUCUAAAUGAACCCCAACCCCUGGAUAGUUGAUUGAAACUUGUCGAACCAAGCCCUGGGAGCUUGUCUAAUACCAUAGAGAGAUCGCUGAAUGAUAUGGAAAAAGCGUAUAUGCCAAAUUCCUAUCUCGUAGUAAACCGGAAGUCCGGGU